AAAGAACAAAUUCUAAAUAAUGUUCGUAACUUGGACGAGGAAAAGAAGGAAGAGAUAACUAAAAUCCUAGAGAAGAAGAAGAGUCAAUUGAUAUUGCAGAUAAAUGUGUCGCUAAUGGAUAUGAAGAUAUUAUUAAUGGUGACGAUGAGGUUGUUGAUCAUGCGGGAUGAAAUGCAAACAAUCCAAACAGAAAACAUUCACUAAUCUCUAAUGAUGAGGAGUAAUUAGAAGGGUCAUUUCAAUUGCUAUUUAGCAAUCAGUUCCCUCGCAUGGGAG